AAGAGCGGAUACAUCACGAUACUUGAUACGCAAUGUCGUAUUCGCUUUGUUUAAACCUCCGCCCUGUACUACGUGAGGCAAUAUACGUAUAAGAGGGGACAAUUCUUCGGAAGAAGACGGUCUUUAUAGUAGAAGUGUUUUCUGGGGGUUUUUUUCUUUUCUUUUUUUUUUGGGCAAUCUCAUCCAAAAAUUUCCAUCGCGCUUCCACCUCACACAUUAUCUCGCCAUGGCUUCUGCUCCAAUUUCAAAGCGUAGCAUAGAUAUUGCAGGCAAAAAAUUUGCAUUUUCUGCCCGCCAAGGUGUCGACUGGUCAAACUAUCUAGCCUACCGCCCAGCCUACCCGCAAUCGUUUUUCGAGCGCAUCUAUAACUACCAUGCCCAAAAAGCCGGGACGGCUUGGUCCGUAGCUCAUGAUAUUGGCGCUGGUUGUGGGGUCGUCUCUUCAGUCCUCGCUAGUCGCUUCGACAGCGUCAUAGUCUCGGACCCUAACGACGGAUAUGCUGAGCUCGCCCGAGAAUUCAUACUUGAAAAGACAUCGUUCCCCGAGUCUAAAUUCAAGUUCCUUCAAGAAACUGCCGAGGAAAGCUCACUUGAAUCGGGUAUUGUCGAUCUGGUUACCGCGUGCGAGUGUAUUCAUUGGACUACGCCGGAAAUUGCUAUCAGGGAAUUCGGGAGGCAGCUUGGAGCUGGUGGGACGCUUGCGAUCACAUAUUAUACUCGCCCGCUCAUUGAGGCAAACGAGCGGGCUGUAAGGGCCUAUAAGGCUGUCUGGGAUGCUUUUUCGAAGAAAGUUCAAGGCGAGAUAUGUGAGAGGGCUUGUAAAAUCAACAACACUGCACUUGAAAGCUUGGAGUUCCCCGAGAAAGAUUGGGAGGCUUUAAAGAGGAUAUACAUCAAUACCCAGGGGACUCUCGACAGCUUCAUGCUGGAUGACAGGACAGUUGAAAGCAGGGUCAAGGAAAGCGAGGAGAAAGUCUGGGUAGAAGAUGAUGAUUGGUGUGACAUGUGUGGUAUCGAGUGGCUCAAAGGCUAUGCUGCUACCUGGGAACCGCCCAUCCAAGAGUCAGAAAUACAAGACAUUUGGGAUGAGUUAGAGCGUGCUUUGGAAGGGAAACAAGUUAAGACUAGGACACCGGUUGUGAUGAUUCUAGCCACGAAGAGGGCAUAGAAAGUAUGUUCGGUAGUCAUAUCAGAUACUACAUGAUAGAAUAUUGAUAAUAAGUAGCCACAUUAAGAAAGAAAUCUUGAGCAUUCUAUGGAAGCUUACUAAUUAUGAAUAUUAAAUCAACAUUCAAAAAAA